GUAGCUUUGUGCUGUUUUAUUUUUAUUUCGAUUGGUGCGCUGAUGUAUUUUUAUUAAAUUUUAGUGAUAAAAUGAACUAAAAUCGCUAUUUAUACUAAACUAAAACUGUGCGCUACACAAAAUGAAAACUACGAGAAAAUAGUAGCAUAGAACUAAAACGUAAUUUCUUAUUAAAUGUGAGAGAAAAGUACACAACUUUUAAAAGCGAAAAACGAAAUUGCGACACUCCACCCAAACGCCGAAUUGGCAGAAGCAGUUUGCAUAGAUGAAUUUUUUGAGCUGAAACAUAAAGAGUAGACAAUCUCUCAAGGAACGCACAAUAAGCGCGACGACAACACAACAUAAAUUUGAAUUGCAACAAUAGGAAAGCGUAAAAUAUUGCAAUUGCAUUAUGAAGCGGCAGCGGCCGCCGUUAUGGCCGCGACUGCUACUCCACACACUCGGCUGGUUGUAUGCCUUUCAAGCGUUAUGGCAAUACAGUAGCGCCAUACAUCUAACAGGCACUUUUCAUACUGGUGAUUUUUUCAAAGUUAUUACCAAAUUUGGUUUUCAAAAAGCCGAAGCAACAGCACCGCACGGCGGUUCCUUCGGCUACAUAUACGGCAACAUUACAACAUCCGAUCAGUUUGCGCAACCCAUUUCGCUGGUCGUGCUGGACAAGGCGGCUUUUGUUGAUUUCUAUAGCAAUCGUAGCUAUGAUGACCACGAGUUAGCGUGCCAACGUAUGUUUGCGCAUUUGCAGCCACUGGUCUAUGAUGAGGCAUGCAACAAGCAGGGUAAACGCGAUUUCGUACGGCGUGUGCCGUGUAAACACGGACAGCUUUGUGCAGACGAGGAUACGGCCGCAAAUGUGAUAGCAGAGCAUCAGUUCACCUACACUAUCAGCGAGGUGUCGGAGCCUAGAUUCUGGUAUGUCGCGCUGACUGCCUGCUAUCGCAAUCGCACCACCUGCAAAUGGCAUGUAUACGAUCGUCUCAAAAAUCAGAAUGCAGCCAAUGUGGUUAACGAAUUUCUUGCAUCACCCUACGGCAUACUCCCACCACCCACGCCCGCGCUCAACUACGAUAUAUACGUUGUCAACGGGCAUCCCAAUAAUUCCGCUGCCCAUCCACUCACCUUUCAAUUCUCAUUCGAUCAGCAAAAUUUGCUCGAAAUGUAUUUGAUUUUCUUGCUAGUCUAUAUGGUGCUGCUGCCGGUGCAAAUAUAUGCGGUGCGUUUGCAAAAACAUCCAGUAACUCGGCUCUUCACGCUCAGCUUGGCGAGUGAGUUUGUCAGUUUGGCUUUCAUUACAGCGCAUUUGAUAAAGUUCGCCAUGAAUGGAGUUGGUAUGCCGAGCAUGCAGACUGCUGGCGACAUAUUGGAUAUCUUUAGUAGAACAACUUUUAUGUUAAUCCUGCUGUUGCUGGCUAAAGGCUGGGCCGUCACACGCCAGCAAAUCAAUCGCACUGGUUGGAUAAUACUGAUGAGUAUUUGGGUUCCCUAUUGUGCAUUUCAAAUGUUCCUCUAUGUGUGGGAUAAGACGGAGGUGGAUAUUAUUUCGGACAUCGAUGAGUACCAAACCUGGCCGGGCUGGAUUGUUUUGAUACUACGCACAUCAUUCAUGACAUGGUUCCUCUACGAACUUCGCAACACUAUGAAAUAUGAGCACUCCACAAAAAAGCUCGAUUUCCUAUUACACCUAGGCGCAUCCAGUCUGGUGUGGUUCAUCUACUUGCCCAUUGUCGCCAUUGUAGCGCUGCAAGUGAGUCCAAUGUGGCGCUAUAAACUACUACUCGGCAUAACCAAUUCAGCUGACUGUCUGGCAUAUUGCGUAAUGACGGGACUGCUGUGGCCUAACCGAUCGGGACAGUAUUUACUGUUAGCCGGCAAUAAGUACACAGGCAUGGAUGAGCUGGACGAAUUCAAUGAAGCGCCACAUAUUGUGCGCGAACGUGAACGUCGACGCAAUUCACCCGAUGCGGUGGUCAUCGCCAAUGGUGACAUUGCGCAUGCGAACAUCAACGGCAUCAGCGGUGUUGCAACGGCAGUGGGCGGUGCGAACAAUUUGAUGCUAGCAUCUAAUUCUGUAAACGGUGACACAUGCGCGGAGCUGUUGGAUGCAGAGGAUCUUGAUGCGGUACUGCUAACCGAUUUGAAUAAGAAUAGUCAUGUUGUGGCAUAAGUGCUAAACGGCCCUUGUAUGUGCAUGAGUAGUGUGCAAAAACAAAAAUGCUAUACUGUAAACGCCUGAAUGUAUGUAGUUUUGUGAGCUCAUUUGCGUGCACGCGAAGUUUUUUAAACAAUGGAAUUAGUAACUAUCUACAUGCAUACAUAUAUCUAUAAGCGGGAGAGAUUAAGAGCGUAGGCGGUGAAGCGCAGAAAAAAGAAAGUGAAAUUUUGAUGCGCGCUGGUCGGGUAGAAAACAAUGUAACGAAAGUCUUUGUGCGUCGUAUGUGAUGAUUUUAUGAUUUUUUACAUGUAAACACAAUUUUAUUGUAUUUAUUACUACAAACAACUUGCUUUAGUUUUGUAUGAUACUUUAUUAUUCUAAUUAUCAAUACUUUUACAUUACAUUAGUUUUUAGUUUAGUUAUAAUAUUUACAACAAAACCUUGUAAUCAACAUAUAACGAUUGUGUGAUGAGUCAAGUACACGUAGGUACGCGUAUGUUUAUAAAUAAAAAGAGAGAAGUUUUAUAAAUUACGAAACAAACAAACAAAAAAUCAUUAUUGCUAUGCACUUGGUUGAAGCAUAACAACAUUAAGUCUAAGGUACACAUUUCAUAUUGUAUGCGAUUAAAAUUACAAUACUUUACGUAACUUAGCAUAUUAAGCACUGUUUGAAUGAGCAACGUACGUACAUAGAUAUGUAUUUGGAUAGUUAAGUCGGUAGUUAUAUAUCUUAGUGGCAAAGGAAGAAACCGAAAGAAAACAAUAUAGAUAACAGAAAAUAUGCUGCAAGUACACAACGACUUUGGCAGCCUUGUGCUACAUGGACUUUGUAAAAUGAACUUAUGAUUAUUACCGAAAUAAAUUAAAUUUGAAAAUAUUGUAACAAACAUUUAAUAAAAUCAACAAAGUAUGCAUUACUCA